AUGCAUCAUGCUCAGGAUAGCCAGCGCUGCAAUCUCCCAGAGAGGGAGGUCCUCAGUCUCAAAGGGAGGCAAGGGACGGGGAUCGUGCCCCGGGUCCCCAUAGCCGAGGAAGCAGAAGCCACUGCCACGGCAGCUGUGAAGGUGUCUGGUGAGGGGACACCUAGCUCUCCCGAGAGUUCUCAGAGAGCCUCCACUCCACCCACUGAUUUCAUGGGCUCCAUUUCUGGGGGACCCUCUGAUGAGGCCUCUGGAAACCAAGGAGAACAGAAAGAGGAACCUGUGCCCCCUGUGCUUGAUGUAUUAAGACCAAAGAUAUUUGACUUGGUAUGGUUUCUGCUCCUCAAGUUUCAAAGGAAGGAGCUGACCACCAAGGCAGAAAUGCUGGAAAGGGUCAUCAGCAAUCCUGGAGAGCACUACCCUUUGCUCUUUAGUGAGGCCUCUGAGUGCAUGGAGGUGAUAUUUGGCAUUGACAUGAUAAAACUGAACCCCUUUGUACACUCCUAUGUUCUUGUCAGGUCCCUGGGGCUCACCUAUGAUGGAAUGAUGCACGGUACUCAGGGCAUACCCAAGACAGACCUCAUAAUAACGGCCCUGUUUCUCAUCUUCAUAGAGGGCAACCGUAUUACUGAGGAGACAUUCUGGAGUGUGUUUGAUAAAUUAGGCUUCUAUGCUGGGAGGGAUCAUUUUAUGUUUGGGGAGCCCAGGAAACUCUUCACUGAGGAUUUUGUACAGGAAGGGUACCUGGAGUACAGGCCGAUACCCAACACUGAUCCUGCUCAGCAUGCGUUCCUGUGGGGCCCAAGGGCCCACGCUGAAACCACUAAAAUGAAAGUCCUGGAAUACUUUGCCAGAGCUACUAAGAGAGAUCCCCAAUCCUACCCCGAGAGGUAUGCAGAGGCUCUGAGAGAUGAGGGAGAGAGGGCCUAG